CUAGACAACAGGAAAGCCGUUGCUUCUAUGGAGGGUCAAGUAAUUUCUCCCGCAGCUUAUUGUAUGCUUCUGGUCCAUUUGGCACGUGCAUCCUUCGUAGCUGUACUGAUGACCUGGAACGAUUUUCGACGACAAAAAAGGGCAUUGUUUCCUCCUUUUUUUGAAGCAUUUGUGCCAUGGUCCUCACAGAUCUGAAAAAUACAGACACCACAAAGGGAAUCGCCAUCUCUAUAGGGCCGCUGCGAGAAAGUUUGCCAGGUCCUCGAUCGCCUUGGCGUGGUACCUCAUGAUCACGUCCGGCUGUCGCUGAGUCGUGGCCGUCCCCAUGGCGAAGAGGUCCUCCUUGACCUUUCGUGCGAGCUUCGUCUUGGGCGCGUCGGUUCCCGCCAACAGCGUGAGGGUCGACGAGAGCUCUCCCAUCGGCCCCGUCAGGAUGCCCGUGACCUCGUUCCACUUUUUCGUUUCCACCAGCGGAGGGAUCCUGGCCAGGGCGCCCGUGGCCUUUUCGAUCCGCUCCACCAGUUUGGCGGAGUCAAUGCCCUUGUAGAGGAGCUUGUCCGGGUCGGUUUCCUUGUACACGAGGCACUCGCGGUUCCCCAGGCUCUCAACCAGACACUGCUUGGUGUUGCGAUCGUUUAGGCCGGCCAUGACGUCUGGGAAGGCCAUGUUGGCGUCGACUCCCGCGGUGGCGGAGGCCGCGGAGGGAAAGGCCGGUAACGAAGCAGCCGCCCAGAGGCUUCCCAUCGCUGCAAAAAUAGCCUCCCGGCGGGACUCGUCCAGCGACGAAGCUACCACGUGGCUCUCGGCCUGGCUUUCGUCUUCGUCGUCAUCCGGGCACCGGCACCUACGCCUUUUCCUUGGACCGACCGCAUCCGUUCUGGGCAACGGGAAUUUUUCCGAGAGCCAGGCCGACAAUCGCGAGGAGCUAUGUGUCUGUGUGUUUGCGUUUCUGCUUGAUUGAUGCGUUGACGAAGAAACAAAGGCUCGCGUCGUGCCGCCGAUCGAGACCGGUCUCGCGGCCAGCCGAUGGGGGUGGUUGCAGUGCAGGGCCGAGACCUCCAACAAGGAAAACAGCACCAGCACCAGUUUCGUGUUUGAAAGAAGAAAAGCAGGAUUUGGGUAUGUUCGUGACAUGGUCGCGUCGUGUUUUGUUCGACUCUGGUGUUGUUUUUUGCGAGAGCUUCCUUCCUUUCUCUGCUGGCCUUGAGAGCGAUGUUACAAUGCUGCUCGGCGCGAAUAGAACUUUCGUUGCCUUCCUAUUUUGGUGGAGGUGUUGAGAGUGUGACUGAACGAUCACCUUGGCAACAUUUGAAACAUUAUGUGCCUACGUACGUUGUACUGUACCGUAGGGUAAGAGUACCUCGUACCUACAGAGUAAGGUAAGAACGAACCUACCAUACUCGUCGUAAUGUUGGGCAUGGCAGACCAGAAUCUAAAUUCUCACACGAUCAAAUCAAUUUGGUUCAAUCAGGAGGUAAGAGAGGGUAUCUUGAAGUUCGAAUUUGUACGCAGAAGUACGUAUGCUGAUACCGUAUCCGACUAUGACGACUAAAAUGUAUGUUCGAACAUUGAGAAACUCGUACCGGUAGAGAAACAACGGUGCAGAUGAUUCAGUAUUACGUAGUCAUACUAUGUAUACGUACGUACGGUACGGUAUACGUAUGUUCAAUGUUUUGAAUUCUUUAAGCGUUCACCAAAAAAGACCGUUGGUCUUCGACUCGCUCUACCGGUACAACCUCAUUUCUUCCGAGGGCACUCAUGGGAAUCAAAUUGACAUUUUGUCACUGGAAGGAAAUAAAAGUGUCAAUUCAUG